AUGACCCAGAUCGACCCCAUCAUUGCGACGAAAGCUCCCGAGAGCAAUGCCGCCGAGACGACCAUCGUCACUGAGCCCGUGACCGAGAGCACUUCUGCCGCCGACACUCCAGCUCAAUCCAUCAGCCCUACGACCACUACGGGAGGCGCUGGAGAGCACAGCGAACACUGUGUGUCCGACAGACCGACUCCGUCAGGCAAGUCCUCCACAGGUGAGAUCAUCAAGAUCAAUGAUGUCGACGUCUACAUCUCGAAACCUGCCGACUACCCUCAUGCGCCAGCCAGGCUUCUUCUCCUCCUGACGGGAGGCACGGGUCUCAAGUCUACAAACAACCAGCUUCAAGCCGAUAAAUUUGCCAGCGAGGGCUUCGUGGUGGUCAUGCCCGAUCUCUUCAACGGCGAUGCGGCGCCCAACUCAUCGACCAUUGCCAGCAGCGAGGACACCGGAUCAUUCCUAGACACAUUCAAGUUGAAGAUCGUUGAGACGGCCAAGAGUUUCCAGAUCGAUAUGUGGUUGGCGAGACACACAGAGGAGAAGGUUCUACCAAUUCUCUAUAAGGCCAUUGAAGGCUCCAAGGAGAAGUUUGCCGAUGCUGUGAAGAACGGCGACGGGAUCUAUGCUGUCGGUUACUGCAUCGGAGGUCGAUAUAUCCUACACCUGGGUUCAGACAAGAAGGUCGCGACGGGGGGUCCAGGACUCGCUGACGCUGAGGCUGGCGAAGUCAAGAGUGGCCCCUUUAUCAAGGUCGGCGCGAUAGCACACGGUGCAUCUGUCACCCCUGAUGACUUCACGGGCGUUAAAGUCCCUAUAUCUUUAGUCUGCGUCGAGAAUGAUCCUCUGUUCCCUGAGGAGGUCAGAACACAUGGCGAGGACGUCAUGUCAAAGGCAAACCUUGAACACGAGGUUCAGGUCUACCCUGGCGUGCCGCAUGGUUUCGCCGUAGUUGGCGAAUAUCAGGACACAUCCAUCAAGGAUGCUCAGAGUACCGCAUACGAGCAAAUGUUGAAGUGGAUCAAGGAACACUGA